UCUUGUGUGUUCCAGCCUCUCCUACCUUUUUCUUCCUUCAGGUUCAGUAAAACACUGAGCAGUCUCCCCCACAAACCGCGGGCGCUGUCGAUUCUGGGGAGGUGCUGAAAUGGCUGGGGCGCGCUUGUCGCAGCCUUGAUUGGCAGAGCCGCCUAGUGACUGACAAGGGGUCUCCAUGGCGCCCGCGUCUCCAAUCCGCCCACCCCAGUAGCGACAAGGUCUAGCUGACUGGCGUGUCCUAGCUGAGCAAGCGCAGCCGAACCCAACCCACAGCUCUUCUAGGCGGGAAGGCUCCCCCCCGACUUAGUUACCCCUAGCCGCACCCCACUCGGCCCGCGGGCAUCUGCUGCGUGUCCCGCCCGGGGCGCCCGCGCAGCCUCGAUGUUCCAGCUGCCCAUUUUGAAUUUCAGCCCCCAGCAAGUAGCCGGGGUAUGCGAAACCCUGGAGGAAAGCGGCGAUGUGGAGCGCCUAGGUCGCUUCCUGUGGUCGCUGCCCGUGGCCCCGGCAGCCUGUGAAGCCCUUAACAAGAAUGAGUCGGUGCUGCGAGCGAGAGCCAUCGUGGCCUUCCACGGUGGCAACUACCGCGAGCUCUACCAUAUCCUGGAAAAUCAUAAGUUUACUAAGGAAUCGCACGCCAAGCUGCAGGCACUGUGGCUCGAAGCGCACUACCAGGAGGCAGAGAAGCUGCGUGGACGGCCCUUGGGGCCAGUAGACAAAUACCGGGUAAGGAAGAAGUUCCCGCUGCCGCGGACCAUUUGGGAUGGCGAACAGAAGACUCACUGCUUCAAGGAGCGCACGCGGCACCUGCUUCGAGAGUGGUACCUUCAGGACCCAUAUCCCAACCCCAGCAAAAAGCGAGAGCUCGCCCAGGCAACCGGACUGACCCCCACGCAGGUGGGAAACUGGUUCAAAAACCGCAGACAAAGAGACCGGGCAGCUGCAGCCAAAAACAGACUCCAGCAGCAAGUUCUGUCGCAGGGCCCAGGGCGGGUGCUACGCUCGGAGGGUGAGGGAACUCCUGAGGUGUUGGGCGUCGCCUCCAGUCCGGCUGCCAGUCUGUCUAGCAAGGCGGCCACUUCGGCCAUCUCCAUCACGUCCAGCGACAGCGAGUGCGACAUCUGAGCCGCCCACUCAACACACUUAGAAUCCAGUGUAAAAAUGAGAUAACACAAAAUAAAAAAAUAAAAAAAUAAAAAGAGGACGGGACCAGCAAAUACAGCGCUGGCAGAAGCCCCGUGACCAGGGACCCGCGGGCCUAAAGGCUCUAGUAGCUAGUUUCCAUUGCUCUGGGACAUGCGGUGAGGCCUGACCCAACGCCACUUCUCUUCUCAUUGCUUUACCUGAAGGAUCUGGAUGCAAAGGCUCCUUUGGAACAGAACUGCACGCUGAGCGCCUGCCCUUGAGUCUCCUGUGGGUAUCUCACGUCGAAAGGACGCUGUUAUAUAUAUAUAUGUAUAACUUUUGCUUUGAAGGUUUCUUUUUUAAAAAACAAAACAAAACAUAUAUAUGCUGUUUAUUUACUUAUUUAAAGGACUUCCAUGAUAGGUUUCUCUGUAGCUUGGGGAACUUGCUGUUCUAAAUGAGCAAGCUCACACGUUCUGUGUGAAGAAGCCAAAUAAUAAAACAACUUGGUGGAUAACCUUUCUUAAUUAAGGGAGCUGCUAUCUCAGAUUUUUAAAAUCACUCUUAUUCCCUUUGCGGGGCAUGCAGGAUGGAAUCUUAUUCAAAUAGUCUCUCUGACUUCUCUAUAUCCAUUGAUAUUUCAGUGUAUAUAUUUUAAGCAACCACGGAUAAACUGCUAACCACCCGCCACAUCGGAUUGUAUUAAAAUGUAUGCAUAUGUAUACAUAAACAUAUGCACAUUGCCAUAUUAAACCCAGAAUUUGGAACAUGAA